AUGAAGCCACGGGACCCAACAGAGGCACCAGACGCUUGGUUGAAACUGGCGGAUACAGCGUGGGCCUACGAAAAGGACCGUGUAGAACGAUGGCGGAAUGAAAUUAACGCACUACUCGUCUUUGCCGGCUUGUUUUCUGCCGUCCUCACCGCUUUCGUGGUUCAGUACUAUGCCGUUCUGCUGCCAGCACCUGACCCCAACACGGCCAUUCUUGAGCGCAUAUCCGCGCAACUCGGUAACACGGCUACGAACACCGUUGUCGCCGCCGCCAGCUCCGAGUCCUCGGUUUCGGCGCGGAUACUGACGGGUCGUACGAAUUCCUCGUCUAUAAGCUCCCCCUCGCCACCCACUGCACCCCGUUGGAUUGCCUCGCUGUGGUUCGUCGCCCUGGUCUUCAGUCUCAGCGCGGCAUCCAUCGCUUUAGCCGUGAAUCAAUGGCUGAACUUCCACGCGACCGAGCAAGCCGGCCUGCAAGACGCAUCCCAGAAGGCUUGGACGUGGCAGCUCCGUAGACGUGCACUGGAAGAGUGGAAAGUGGAGUACAUGGUCAGCAUCCUUCCGCUUCUACUUCAGGUGGCCCUCGUCCUCUUCCUCGUCGGGUUUGCGGGGUACCUCUCAGAGCUUGGCUUCGACAUUGCUGUCCCAAGCACGUUCUGCGUCGGCGCCCUGCUCCUCUUUCUCGCUUUCACAUCCGUGUCGCCGGCAUUGGUGGGUUACAGUCCCUACAAAUCACCUCAGGCGUGGUGGAUAUGCCAGGCCUGCAGAUCGAUACGAUGGGUAGCUUACUGGCCCUCCUUGCGUCUCCAUCGCAUGAUCACUGCUUGCCUCGGGAUUCGGCCUCCGGUAUGGCAUUCUUCUCUACGCGCGCGUCAGAUAUACCGUUGGAUGGAGGGGAUUCGUCAAUUCCUUGCUCAGCGUGAAGCACGCGCACGUACAUUGAUGACGACGACUGACUGGCUGGCACAUGAACAAUUGUACCUGGACAACUUGAUAACCCGCAGAGAAGAGAAGUCCCUGUUUACGGACAUAUACUCCAUCGCAGACGACACAGACGUCCUUCGCGCAAUGGGAACCUGCAUGCGAGCGAUGCCUAUCGCCCGAGCAAUCACCAAUGUUACGGAAAUAGGUCAGACGGCUUUCGUCGCCUUAUCAAAACGAC